AUGCGGGAAAUCCGUCUUUUCAGCUGCAACGUGAAAAUUGUAAGAAUUGGAUGGUCCCAAAUUCAACAUCCGAUCAUUCGAGACAGGAUGUUUAGGAAGUGUGAAGAUAUGCCUACUGAAGAGUCCAAGAUAUUAACCACCUUGAUUUCUACAUUGCCAUCAACUUCUUCAGCAAGAACACGAGAGGGGGCUCGCAUUGGAUCAGUUCCGAGGAAAAGCGUAACUCAAGGUUUACUUCAUCACGACAAAGAAGAAAUUUUUGAAGAACCAGAGACUACAGAGAUGUUGAACCCAUUCAACUUUGUACGCAUCUUCGCAAGCCAAGGGUUUUCGGUCCGUAACACUCCCCACAAACCCUUGGCAGAUUACGCCACUAAAACUGUGGCCAAAUUUUCAUUGGUUCAGAGGUUCGACUCUGAACCAAUGAAAAUACAGCUUUCAUUCAUAAACAAGAUGGCGAUCAAAACCAUGUAUCACGAUAGCGUUUCCUUGCCUACAAGUAGUAAAGUUCUUGCCACUCCGACGAAGAGUACAACUCGGACAAAGAGGACAAUUGUUCACACACCUACCCCAAGAAAAUUUAAGGUCCAAGUCACUCCACGGAAAAUAAUUUCGGCUGCUCCUUCAUCCAGAAAGCGUUUAGGACAUCUUUUAUUAUCACCACUGAAAGCAAAGGUGUCCUACAGAGGUCAGAAUGACCAGAAAGUGAGAUCAAGAAUUAUCAAAGAAAAGGGGCUUUAUGGUGUAGUUGUUGGACUUGUUCGAGGCAAUAAACCAGAAGUUAUUUUAAACAAACUAUUAAAAUCAAAAGGCUUCAAAGAAAAAGCUUUCAAAACAAUAAAAAAAUAUGUGAAAGAAGAAUGUAGGUUACUUUGUGGCAAGAAGGAUGCAUCUGUCUUGCGAGGCAAUUCUCCUGAUUGUUUGGCUUCUGUAGAUUUUCAGAAGAUUGCUACUGAAUUGAGGAAAAGAGCUCCUGGUUUUUCCCAAUUGCUAUCAGACAUUAUGAACACUACAGAACCAGUGGCCUUGGUGUCGUCAGCAGCCAUAUUGCUGCAUCAUAGGAAUCAAAAUAUGUCAUUGAUUCAUCAUGUAGUUGGUCAGCUACUGGAGCAUGGUGGAGCCACAGAUGAAAAAUCAACGUCUUCAAUGACAAAAGAAAAGCAAAGAAAGAGCUUUCACUGGUUUCUCUUGGUUGGUCUCCAGAGAAGAGUUUUAGUUCCAAGUUUGCCAGAUGAUAAACCAAAACAUGACAUUUUAACCUUGCCCAACCACUCAUUUCUACCCAGCUCUGAGGAAAUUAAAAUUUUUGAGAGCAACAUGGUACAUCACAUCUUGAAAGUUCUUACAAAACAUGUCGGAUGUCUAAAACCCUUUACAGAAUGUGUACCAAAAUAUAUCGCCCAUCCUUUCAUAGAGCAAACUUCCAAAAGAUCAACAUACUUUAUUUUGGAUUUGAUGGACAAAAAUGAAAACUUGCAUGAUGACAUGAUUAGUAUUCUAGAACACAUUCACCAAAAGUAUAUUGCACACACUUCUGGAGAAAAUGCGGAGGUGAUAGAGAGGAAAGUGUUUGGUGGUGAUGUACUGACUAACGAGCGUGCAUAUACAGCACAGUUAGCUAUGCUUAAUUGUGAGACGAAUUACCACAAACUUGGAGGAAUUAUUCAUAGACCAGAGGGCCUCCAUAGAAUGAUGAACUUUCUGCUGUUCAUAUACCAGGAGUUCUACAAACCAUCCUCUUCCUUUGAACAAGGGACUUUAUUUCAGUUAAGAAAUGUCAUUCAUAGAGUUGAUGUCACUGGAAAAGAAAGAGUUGUGGAAGCAUUCAGAGCUCAUUUUGCAUUUGUGGAGGAUGCUUUAGAUGCAUUCAUUCUUGGGGCCGCAAUGGAUGUCAUGGGUUUAGAAAAUAUCAAUGGAUCUCCUCAACAGUUUAACCCAAACACCUUAUCCUUGUUUAGUGCUGAGGACCAGUUUUCAUGGUUAAAGAAGUUGGCAGAGGCCAUCAUUGACAAGCACAUAAACCUACAAGAUUCAACUGAUCUUCAAGAAAUGACACAGGCAUCUGCUGAAAGAGAUACACAGGAUAUUCUUAUUAAAAACAUGUUUGACCCAAUGCUGAAACAAUAUGAGUGUACAUGCAGAAAGAAAUACAAGACACUUGGCUACUUCAAACGCCACUUGGAGAAGGAACAUAACUGGCAGUUUCCUACUGAAACAGUUCACGACACCCAGCACACAGACAAGAUUGCAGUUUGGCGUGCAUCAUUCAUGAAAACCGCUCUUAUAUUAAGAGACACUUGUAAUGCAUAUAAAAUGGGUGAUGGCGAUAGAAUAUUCCUGAAUGCGAAAUUGGAAAUGCUUUGUGCCAGUGUUGCAGGGCACACUAAAUACCAGUUGUGGCUGUGGAGGAUGAUGGCAUAUGAACAAGCAGUGCUUUCACCUAAGAAAGCAAUGGAGUAUAAGUGGAAUACCACAGCAAAUAUCAGCGGAACUGUAGAUGGACACAUUCCAAAUGACAAUUUAGUUGAACUUUGUGUCCAGUUAAUCAAGAAGAAGCUGAAAGAGCAGGGUGCAAAUUUCACAUUGAAGAGUGCACAAACAACUGCACUUGCUUGCCAAAUUCAGGAGGAAUUAAAAGAGAACAUUAGGCAACAGCUGUCUAAGAAAGCUGCAGGAAAAUCCAGAACCAGAUCUGACAAGUCAGCAGACAUCGCUCUUAUGUUGAAUGAAGUGAUUUCAGGUGGUCUAUUUAAAAACAUUCCAGGACGACAAUUUGAAAACUUUAAGAAUUUUAAGGGUGUUUUUGAAAAAGUUAAUCUUCACAAGCUUCAUCUUUGGAUAUCUAAGCACAAGGAAAUUGCAUCAUAUGAAAUGAUUUGAAGUUUAAGUGUUUACAUUGUAGAUGUAUUUUGAUAUACAGUAAAACUUGUUUAGUACAAACACGGAUAUAGCGAAUUCAAGGAUAUAGCGAAGUUUUUCUGGGUCCCCGGCAAAAUUCUUAACAAAUCUUUGUAAAAUUUUACGGUUAUAACGAACUCUGAUAUCAUGAAUUUACGGAUAUUGCAAACUGAUUUUGAGUCCCCUUGAGUUUAAAUAUGAUAAAAUUUACAUCUUUUAUAAGAAAUUUUGAAAGAUUAUAAAAAAUUGAUAAAUUGAACUGACUUAUUACCAUUUAGCAUUUGUAUAUAAAAUUCAAUUCAUAAUAAAACCUUAGUUAUUGAAGAUAUAUUUUGCAAAAUUUGCUUCCCUAACAUAUUUGGUAGUAAUACUUGCAUAUUGCGAAUUUGCUAUAAUGGUUAUAUGAAUUGGUUAUACGGAUAUAACAAAUUACGGUUAUAGCGAAUUAAAU